AACCAGACUGCCCUUCAGCGUCUGCGUAAAGAGGCGAAGUUACCGCACCGUUUGAGGAGAAAUAGCCUGGAAAAAACGGCGCAGCCCUGGAUAUUCGUAAUCAUGUAAUUUAAGUUAGGUUAUAUAAAUGAUAUCGCAUCUUCUUUUAACAAACGGCUUUUUAUUUGACGGAUUCUUGUGUUUCUAUUUAGAGUUAAAGGCCUCUUUUUUGGCUCGGUGUCAAACACAAGCUUUUGGGACCGAUUCCAUGUUAUGUUCGUUUUGAGAAGGAAUUUCUCGCUACGUGUCGGUGUGGAUUUACCUAUUUUUGGUAUUUUAUCGUCCAGUUUUCAGUGAAUACUCGUGCUUCAAGAAACGUAUUGAUGACGAUUUAUUUUUGAAACCGACAGAGACAGAUAAAGCUGCCAAAUGUUUGGACUUUAGCUAGCCAAGCUAAGCUAGCUACCGAACUGGAAGAUGACGGCCAACAAAAUUAGCCCACAUUGAGAAAAAACUGCUGCAAACAACAUAACUCCAGACGAAAACCACGAUAAAAGAGAUAAUCAGCAAAUUAGUCCUAACGUGCGAAACAGAUUUAUUGGCUGGUUUAUGUAUUUUUUGACUUAUUAAUAUUGUCAGCUCAGCUACAUUAAAGUAUUGGGGAGAACAGACACCGAUGAAAAGCAAGGCAGUCACGUAAGAGUAGCUAUAUCUGAAUAUUUUAAAUGUUUGUGGUUUCGGGAUGAAUGGGAACACUUUCCAAAACCAAGCACUUACACGGCACCCUUUAAAAGAAAUCGUACUGGAAGACACGGAGGAUGAAAUCCCACAUGUAAAAGCUUGGAAAUCAUGUAUCGUGACUUCAGUCUCAUUUUCAAUCCUUUAAAGUCUGGACUGAAUUUUUGAUUUUCGAGGGAAAAUAUCUUCAGAAAUAACUUUUUGACCGAAAGUCCCAAUUUGACUACUACCAGAGCUUUUUGGACUAGCAAAUCCCACCAGUAUGGCAGUAUUGGGCCAGAUGUCGGUACUAACAUUGGGACUGUACGCCGUGUUGUUGUUCAGUCCUGUCGCAGCUGCUCAGAGGGAUGUGGUGGAGUGUGCCUUUGCUGACCAGCAGCAGCAGUACCUAGAGCAGCGUGCUGUGGGAACUGUGGAUUUGCGGGCGUCUGGAGAGAGUAAUAACACUAUUCGCUGCAGUAAAGGCAGCCGCUGCUACGGACUAUGGGGCAAAACAAGAGACGGAGACAUCCGAUUGGUCAAACAAGGCUGUUGGACUCACAUUGGCGAUCAGCAGGACUGCCAUGACGACCGUUGCGUGGUAACAACCACACCUUCUCAUAUCCAAAAUGGCACCUAUCGUUUCUGCUGCUGCAGCACUGACAUGUGUAACGUUAACUUCACUGAGAACUGGGUUCCUCUGCCCACCAGUGCCCAGCCUAUACACCCUCCUCCUCUGUAUCGUGAAGAGACAGUAGUGAUUGCCUUGGCAUCUGUCUCUGUGGUGGCAGUCCUCAUUGUGGCAUUGUUCUUUGGGUACCGCAUGCUAACAGGAGAUCGUAAGCAAGGUCUCCAUAACAUGGAUAUGAUGGAGUCAGCAGUGUGUGAGCCAUGUGUGGAUUUGGACAGUCUGAAGCUGUUAGAGCUUAUUGGGCGUGGGCGUUAUGGCUCCGUGUAUAAAGGCUCUCUGGACGAACGGCCGGUAGCGGUGAAAGUGUUUAGCUACGCUAACCGACAGAACUUCGUAAACGAGCGAGCUAUCUACCGAAUUCCGCUUAUGGAGCACGAGAACAUCGCGCGAUUCAUUGUGGGAGACGAACGGCUCACAGCGGACGGGAGGAUGGAAUACCUGCUGGUUAUGGAGUAUUACCCUCACGGAUCUCUGUGUCGGUAUCUGAGUGUGCAGACAGGCGACUGGGUGAGCUGCUGUCGUCUGGCCCACUCCGUCACCAGAGGCCUGGCCUACCUCCACACAGAGCUCCUGAGAGGAGAUUUGUACAAGCCAGCAGUAUCUCAUCGGGACCUGAACAGUCGGAAUGUUCUGGUGAAGAAUGAUGGCACAUGUGUGAUCAGUGAUUUUGGUUUAUCCAUGAAGCUAACAGGCAACCGCUUGGUUCGGCCAGGAGAGGAGGAGAACGCUGCCAUCAGUGAGGUGGGGACGAUUCGUUACAUGGCUCCAGAGGUGCUGGAGGGGGCAGUUAAUCUGCGGGACUGUGAGUCAGCGCUGAAGCAGGUGGAUAUGUAUGCACUGGGUCUCAUUUACUGGGAGACAUUCAUGCGGUGCACCGACCUCUUCCCAGGAGAGACAGUGCCAGAAUAUCAGAUGGCGUUCCAGGCAGAGGCAGGAAAUCAUCCGACGUUUGAGGACAUGCAGGUUCUGGUGUCCAGAGAGAAACAGAGACCCAAGUUCCCCGAAGCUUGGAAGGAAAACAGCUUGGCGGUGCGUUCGCUGAAGGAGACGAUGGAGGAUUGCUGGGAUCAGGAUGCGGAGGCGCGUCUGACGGCUCAGUGUGCGGAGGAGAGGAUGGCAGAGCUACUCCUCAUCUGGGACAGAAACAAAUCUGUCAGUCCCACAGUCAACCCCAUGAGUACAGCGCUACAGAACGAAAGGAACCUUACUAACAGUCGCCGUGUGCCUAAGCUGGGGUCUUACCCUGACUACUCCUCUUCAUCCUUUAUUGAAGACCAUGAAGGCAUUGUCAAAAACCUGCCCGGUGACGGGUCCACCUCGGGUACCGCCUCCUCUGUGGGUGGAAUGGGCAGCGUCGAGAAGAACCGAAAUUCCAUCAACUACGAGAGACAGCAAGCCCAAGCUCGACUUCCCAGUCCAGAAACUAGCGGGACCAGUCUGUCCACCACCACUACCACCACGGGUUUGACCCCCAGUACAGUUAUGACGACCAUCUCCGAAUCGGGCCACUCUGAGGAGGGCCCGGUCGGAGGGGGUAACAGCGUGCCUGUGUGUCUACAGCUGACAGAAGAGGAUCUGGAGACUACAAAACUGGACCCCAAAGAAGUCGACAAGAACCUGAAGGAAAGUUCAGAUGAGAAUUUGAUGGAACAUUCCCAGAAACAGUUCAGCGUUCCCGAUCCGCUCAGCUCUGGAAGCUCCACCCUCCUAUACCCCCUCAUCAAACUGGCUGCCGAGGUAACCGGCUCGGGGGCAGGCUCGGGCGUGGAGUUUGGAGUCAGCGACGCUCCCUCUGCCCCUCCUCCAUCCGCGGUGUUUCCUUUACCGAAACAACAGAACCUCCCCAAACGUCCGAGCAGUCUGCCGCUCCAUUCCAAACACGCGGCCAAAGAACCAGCUCCUCCGUCCACCUCCCGCCUCAAAUUCGGAAAACACAAAUCUAACCUGAAACAGGUAGAAACGGGCGUGGCCAAGAUGAACGCCGUCGCUACGGUGGAGCCACACCUAGCGACGAUAACUAACAAUGCUCCAAACGUACGCAACGGCGUGGGAGCAGGAGUGGGCGUGGCUAAUGGCUAUGUGAACGGGGCCUCUUCAUCAGGGCAGUUUGGGAACACCAAUCCGGCGGGACCUCAGACAGAAGGGGCGGGGUUUUCGUUUCAGAGUCAGCUAAGCGGCGAUGUUAAUAUAAACUCCAGCCCAGACGAACAUGAGCCCUUACUACGAACCAACUCCAACAACAACAACAACAGUAACAGCUACGUACACCCACAUCCGUCAGUGGUGACGUGCGGUGGCAGUGCGUGUGUGCUCGAUGAACCCGUGCGUUCAGAGGCCGACAGUAAACAGCAGGACCAUACCCUGCUGCGCACCCCAAACAAACCCAGACGACCCCAACGGCCAAACUCACUGGACCUGUCAGCAUCCUCUCUGGAAUCCUCGCUGUCAGGAGAGGGAACUUCUCAGGAGGGGAAAGCAGCUUCAGGAGAGAAGAUAAAGAGGCGCGUUAAGACACCCUACUCACUGAAGAGGUGGCGUCCCUCCACAUGGGUCGUCUCCACGGAGACGCUGGACGGAGAGAUUAACAACAACGGGCAGAGGUGGCAGGGUGGGGCCGAGACACGGGUGGGCGCCAGCCGCUCCAAAUCCAGCACUGCUGUCUUUCUGGUGGGCACUGGGACCGCCACCACGACCUCUGACCCCCCUGGCAUGACCUGUCUGUGACCUUUGACCUCUGUCUAUUGAAGGUUCUAGAGGAGACUGUUGAGGUCAAAGUGUUUGGCAGCAUGUUUUUCAUAUUCCGAAUUUCCCAAUCGAAAAAAAAAAAAAAAAAAAGAUCUUUAAGGAAAAAAAAAGAAAAAAAAAAACAAGCGUUUUGGAGGAAAGAAGACUCUUUAAGACCUGUAGUUGUUGGCAAGCACUUAACGUCGUCAUACCUUCUUGAACUCUUCUCCAAUUUUUCCUCAAAGAAAAAAAAUCGCUUUAAAGAGAACCCAGCUAUGCAGCAGGAACACAUUGGCUUAAAAAAUGCUUCCAUUAUUAUUAUUAUGUUCAGUUACUGUUGUUCAAUAGAAAUCAGAAGAAUGAUGGUAUGUAUGUGUGUAUGUUUGCCUGUUUGAUCAUUUCUCCCUUA